AUCGGGAUCCUCGGAGCCCAAAUGAACGCGCCCGUACUCCAGUUUCACACUAUUGAUUCCGUUCUCCAACAAGAGUUGCUAGGAUGCAAAACAUCAUCUUUAUAAGCUCUACCGACCCCUAUCUGACACGUUCAGUACUCAGCCUCAUCUACAGCCUAGUUUUUUUUAUUUAAAUAAGACACGAUGAGUUCUGUUUACCUGCGCACAGACUAUCGAUUUGACGGUGUCAACUUGUCAAAAUGACGCAAGCGCAGGGGAUUAGAUGCUGACUUGUGCAUUCGCUUAUCUAUUAUUAUUAUUAAUAUAAAACAUUAUAUAAUGGCGACGGAAUGCACGCAAGAAUCCGUUCUGGACUUUCUAUUGGAAAACGGGGGGCGAGUGAAAAACAAGGACUUGGUCGCGCAUUUUAAAGUCUUUCUGAGCAGCGAAAACACGAAGCGAGCCGUGCUAAAAGAGAGAUUUAAGCGUUAUGUGGACAAUAUCGCCUACGUAAAGCAGGAAAACGGGGAGAAAGUGGUGUGUUUGAAGAAGAAAUACAGAUACCCGGAGGUACGCAGCGGGCGCGCGCAGGAUGAGAAGCCCUUUAAUGAUGCUGAAGAUGAAGACAUCAACAGGGGAAUCAAAGCAUUGCAUUUCGAAGAGAACGCCAGCGUGCAUGAAGAAAUUGGUGAUCUGAAAGCUGUGAGAGAUGCUGUAGAUGAGCUGUGUGUGUCGGACAUCGCACUGAUUGAGAAAGACGAAAUUGUGCAUGAAAACGAUGUCAAACCAGAUGGUCCUGAGCUCUCUGAUGCCCGGUCAACAGGAGAGGCUGGGGUAGGCAGGGCUUCUGUCACGCCACAGGUCAUCGUUAAUCGACGGAGAACAUCCAGGGGAUCUCAGCGGAGUCUGCUGGGCUCUUCUGAGGAUGGAGCACAUGAUGCACUGCCUGAGGAUAGCAGCACCCCAAAAUGCAGCCGCAAGAACUUCAUAGAGCUCAUGAUGAGCAGUUCUCCACAGGUGAGACGCUCACUGGUGCACCGUAACUCCCAAGGGCAGAUGUCAGCCAGGAACAGUGACUUCAGAAUGUCAUCUGUGGACGAGGAUUGUGCUUUGGUAACUUUAGACCCACUGGAACACGAGUGGAUGAUGUGCACGGCAGAUGGUGAGUGGGACAGUCUGCAGAGGCUGCUCCAGUGUGAUCCCACGCUCAUCUCCAAGAAGGACUUCGUCACGGGGUUCACGUGUCUGCACUGGGCGGCCAAGCAAGGCAGACACGAGCUUUUCGCAAUGCUGGUGGAUUUCGCCAAACGGCACAGCGUCACCGUCAAUGUAAACACUCGAUCCAGCGCCGGCUACACGCCUCUGCACCUGGCAGCCAUGCACAAUCAUAAAGAGGUCAUGAAGCUUCUGGUGGGAGCGUAUGAUGCUGAUGUGGAUGUGAGGGAUUACAGUGGGAAGAAAGCGGCGCAGUACCUCCGCUCCAGCGUCACAGGCGACAUCAGGGACAUCGUAGGAGCCUGUCCGAACUCGGACACAGAGAACGCAUCCGGAGCCGGGCGAUGGAAGCUUCCUAAAGUCCUGCAGUCUAAUCUCAACCCUCUACGGUUACUAAACCACCCUGAGGAGAUGACGGCCGACGCUCAGCCCAGGCCCAAAUCUCUGUACCGGAAAUCCUCCAUCGGACGCAUCAGACUACAGAGAAACCGCUUCAAGACGCAGAUCGUCCACAGCACAUCAUUCAGAGAGAACCAGGAAGGAGAGGAGAUGCUCAAGAGCCCGGUCAAAUCCAGACCCAUAUCCAACCUGUUCGGCUGAGCCAGAAAUGUGAAUGAAAGAGACAUAUGCAAAGACAUCAUUACUCUGAGAUCAACUGAGCAGCUUGUUUACUGCGUGGUAAAACGAAGAAAAUUGAUUGAAACUGAACAAUACCAGUUUAAAAAAUUUGAAAACAUACAAAUAAAUGAAUAAAAAAAAUAGAUGUAGUGAAAAAAACAAAAAACAAAUAGGAAUACAUCUAACAAUACUUCUACAAAGUUUAUUAGUCUUAAUGUUUAUUUCCUAAUUUACUGAAACAUUUUAAAAUUAAAAGUUGUAUUUGUUAACAUUAGUUAAGAAUAUUGCUCCUUGUUAGUUGAUGUUAGCUGGAGAGUAAUGUGUUACCGAAAAAAGCACAAUCAUGUCAUAUUUUACACAUAUUUAUAAUAUUGAUUUUUUUAGCUUGUGUACUUGGGUCUUUAUACCUUUUAUAUUUUAGGACGGAUGAGGACUAGCAACUGGAACAAAUUUUAAUGCAAUCAUCUCCUUUAUCAAUUUAUGCACUACUGUUUUAUUAUAACGGAGCUCUUAAGUCAUGUAGAUGUAAUGUAUGUUAUUUUGAGUGGAUAUUUUCACGGAUGCACUUUUGCGUGUCAUGAUAUCCUGCUGCUGUUGCAUGUGAGUGUUCUCCUGCGCUCCUGUUUUAGUCGCUGUGCCUUUAAUGAUCUUCUUCCAGAUGCAGGAACCAACAUGUCUUGAGACUGUUAUCCUAUAAAUGUGAUUCAGUGUG